UUCUAGCGCUGUACAUGGUGACAGACAUACAACUUUCGAAGUACAACGGUAGUACAGCUGUAUGUCUGUCAUAAGUAUUACAGAGAAGUUCAGUUUCCGGUCUGUGACACCGUGCGCGAGUAUACGAGUUGAGAUUUUGCGCGCGAGUACAGGAGGCAACAGUUGGUACCUCACACAAUCAGCUGGUUGAUGCAAACAGUUUCGAACUGUUAUCAAACAAGUGUGAGCUGUUGCUGUGUCGUUGAUCAGUGCUGUGGAUAGAUUUGGUUGAGACAAUAUGAAAUACGCCGUUAUAACAGUAAGUGAUACAUGUUCCAAUGGAACCGCCACAGAUACAAGUGGACCUCUGCUGAUUAGUUUAGUCGAAAGCAAACUCAAUGGUACUGUUGUUAACUAUUUAGUUGUACCGGAUGAUAUCGAUACAAUAAAGCAAUCUCUUAUAUAUUCAUCCGAUGUGCUUCAAGCGAGCGCAAUCUUUACCACAGGAGGAACCGGUUUUGCUCCUCGUGAUGUUACUCCAGAAGCUACCAAAGCUGUUCUUACCAAGGAAGCACCUCAGCUAUCGCUAGCAAUGACAUUGAAGAGCAUGGAGAAGACAAAAUUUGCGUGUUUGUCUAGAGCUGUUUGUGGUAUUCGGAAUCGGACACUAAUCGUGAAUUUUCCAGGCAGUAAAAAAGCUGUCGAAGAAUGCUUUUAUGCCAUAAACGAUGUCAUACCUCAUAUGCUGCAAUUGCUUACUGACAACGUGCCAAAGGUGAGGGAAACGCAUCGGAAAAUGCAGUCUCAUGGUGAUGGCGAAAACGUUCAUGUAUGCCCUCAUGCCACUGGCAAAGGUGGAGACGACAGAAACUCCCCAUUUCCGAUGAUUGAUGUUGGAGAAGCUCUAAAGAUCAUUCUCUCUGCGAUAGAUUCCAAAUCAAGUCCGAAGAAGCAAAUGAGUCGCGUGAACAUUCCGCCUUUUCGUGCGUCAAUUAAGGACGGUUAUGCUAUGAAAUCUAUCGGUGGAAAAGGGGUGAAACGCGUUAUUAAAUAUGUAGCCGCUGGCAGUGGAAUCAUUCGAGACAACUUCAAUAUCGAUGAGUGCUACAAAAUCAACACCGGUGCUCCUGUUCCGGAUUACGCAGAUUGCGUUGUACAAGUUGAGGAUACAAAAUUGAUAUCAUCCGUAAAUGACGCUGAAAGUAUCGUUGAAAUUCUCAUUGACCCGACUCCAGAUCUUGAUAUCCGUCCCAUUGGCAGUGAUUUACGAAUGGGUGAAGAGGUGUUUGAAUAUCGCUUCCCCCUUAGCGCCGCCCAAAAGUCAUUGCUUGCGUCAAUCGGUGAGACGCCAAAAGUGGACAAACUUAAGAUUGCAAUUAUAUCCACUGGUGAUGAACUCGUGCAUCCGUAUGGCGACAGCUCUCAAGGAGAACCGCUGGAAGGAAAAAUAUAUGAUUCCAACACAACUAUGCUCACACAGUUACUGGUGCAAUUUGGUUUUGGUGAAGAUCAAUGUUCGGUAAAUCACAUUGUUAUCAAAGAUGACUAUACUUCGUUCCACAAUGGAAUAGAAUCAUUCACCGAUUCCAUGCACGUGAUUAUCUGUACUGGAGGGGUAUCAAUGGGCGACAAAGACUUUGUGAAGCCAGUAUUGGAAGAUUUGCAAUACGAUUUGAAGUUCGGACGAGUCAAUAUGAAACCCGGAAAACCUUUUACCUUUGCCAGUAAAGGAAGUACCUUAUUUUUUGGAUUGCCUGGCAAUCCUGUGUCUGCUUUCGUUACGUUUCACAUUUUUGCGCUACCAGCGCUACGGAAAUAUCUUUCAUCCAUAAACGGUGCCUCUUGUACAUUUGCAAAAUGCUGUCUUCCCAACAUAACCGUUGAGCUUGAUACGGAGUGCUACUACUUGGAUCCUAGGCCAGAAUGCGUACGAGCUUCGAUUACAUCGAAGAAUGGCAAACUCUACGCACGGGUCACCGAUAAACAAAUUAGCAGUCGACUGAAAAGCAUCGUCGAAGCUGAUGUUCUGUUACAUUUUCCGGCACGAACUCCGUCCAAGACCACGGUUGUACAAGGGGAGCUCCUCACAGCAUCAGUAAUCCGAACUGAUUUUAUUUCUGCGUAUGAAUAACAUUGCUCCAAAAAAGAACUAUCUCACAGUACAUAAAUCAUGAAAUCAAGAUCAAACUCAUAUAGGAGAAUCCUUUGGAUUUAUUAACACAUAAAAAUAGUCU